AUGGUCUUAAUAUUCGAGAAUCGCUAUUCUCGUCUCGUCGAGACCCGCUUCAAAAUCACUCGUAAAUCAACCCGAUUCGUCUAUGUCGCCGUUAGCUAUAUGAUCUCCACACUACUCUUCGUUCCUCUCCUCUUCGAGGAAGUCGACGAGGAAGAGGCGAGGCGAAAAUUUCUCGAGGUGGCGUCCAAACCGAAAAAUGCCUGGCUCGUUCUAUUUUCGUUUGUGCAGAUCGCGCCAUGCCCGCCGGCGAUCUUCUUCGAGCCGCACUUUUUCGUGCUCACCAACAACGCGUCGCUCGUCGCCAAACUCGUCCUAUUCCAAGUGGCGUUUGGGACCAUUCAAGCCGCGUUCUACGUGGCCGCCACAGUCUACUAUAUCAUCGUCAAACUUCCAUUCUCGCGAGUUUCAAUAAAAACGCAGAAGCUUCAAUUGAAGCUGUUCAAAGGCAUCAUGACAACGGUCUUCGUGAGCCUCUUCAUCUACGUGCUUCCGAUGAGUAUAAUGGUGUCUACAGUAAUCCUACAGGUGUACGAUCAGGAGCUCAACAAUUUGGCGAUAGCGCAUGUUGGCAAUCACGGCCUUCUCUCGACGAUGUUCCUCAUCAUCUCGAUGCAGCCCUACAAGGAUCGUUCGGAGGUGUCGUCGUCGAAUCAUGCCAAUGAAUAUCGGGUGAUUCAACGAGUCGAACGAAUUGAAAUCAAAAUCGUGACGGUUUGA